AUGGGUCACGGUAACUCGAACAAGCUCUAUAUCACCCAUGCUGAACACACCGGUGAGUUGGGUCAGCAUUCUGCGUCGGUGGGAUACAGAGCCAAGGCAUCUGUACCGACCGCACGGGCCCAGACACCUUUCGACUGCUGUGCACUCUCUUUCCAGCCAUUCGAGCACCCUGUUUGCGCGCGUAACAAGGACGGGACUGGCUUUGUUUUUGAUCUCGUGAAUAUCAUCCCUUGGUUAAAGAAACAUAAUAAUAUCAACCCAAUCACUAAGGAGACAUUGAAACCGAAUGACCUCAUCCCUCUCCAUUAUUCAAGGAAGCCUUCGGGGGAAAUACAUGACCCCAUCUCGUUCAAACCGUUCUCAGAACACUCCCACAUCAUCGCCAUUGCAACUACUGGUAACGUCUUCCUCGCUGAUAGCAUUAAAGGCGGUAAAGACCUCCUUGAAGACAAAAAGUUUUCCAAAGAGGACAUCAUCACGUUGCAGAAUCCUCAUGGCAUCUCUGAACCCACCGCACUUACCGGAGCAGCGAGUGCGGUGGUUGAGGCAAAGGUCGAAAAGCCCAAGGCAAUAGCACCUAAACCUAUCACAGAAACCAAGAAACCUACACCAUGUACGUUAUUUCCCUUGCCUAGAUCUAUACUCAAGGCCAUUGUUUCUCCAGGGAAUAUCUCACCGUAUUCCUCCGGAGCAGCCGGUGCCUCCUUCACAUCCACGUCUGUCGACCCGCAAACUCAGUCCACCAACCUCCUGUGGGACGAGGAAGAACUGAUGUUUGAGGAAAUAUCCACCCCGCCAAAAGGCAAAGGGAAAGAGAAAGAUGUUGGCAAGCGUCGGGCCUACGUACGAGUGGUCACGAGUCUCGGUGGGUCAUUGAACCUCGAGUUAUACUGCGAAAAGGCACCAAAAACUUGCUAUAACUUUCUGAUGCUCGCUAAGGCCGGCAAGUAUGAUAACUGCCUCUUCCACCGAUUGGUUCCAGGUUUUAUGGUUCAAACUGGAGACCCCACGGGUACUGGCGCAGGCGGGGAAUCCUACUGGGGAACGCCAUUCCGCGAUGAAUACAAUGCGAAGGGAGCGGCUAAGCAUGACAGUCGAGGUAUUGUUGCGAUGGCGAAUAAAGGUGCCAGUACAAAUGGAUCACAGUUUUAUAUCACAUUUAGAGCAACGCCGCACCUUGACAACAAGCAUACCGUGUUCGGUAAGUUGGUUGGAGGUGAAGACGUGCUUAACGCACUGGAGAAACUGUCCCUAAAAGAUGGGACCGAACGGCCUGCCAAACCAGUGAGAAUAACACAAGUUGUUAUACACCAAGAUCCUUUUAGCGAUUAUAAGGCACGCCUUGCCAAGAAGCUAGCGAAACGCGUAGAGUCUGGAGCGGAUGAAGCAAAGCCUGUUGUGAAGAAGCCGGGGGAUGACAGUAAUUGGUUUGGCGUCAGAGUCGGGACAGGAAAAUCAGAUGCUGCAAAUGGAGAUGCUGAGAGAGGUGUUGGAAGAUACCUUGGGGUUAAGAGGCAACUCGAUGAGCUGACACCUCGAAAAGACCUUUCCAGCGAGACAGCCGACGAGAGUAAAAAGAAAAGGCGCAUUGGUUUCGGUAACUUCGACAACUGGUAG